UCUGUCUUUUAAAGCUUCUUUUUAUUUUUUCAUGUUCCUACAUUAAUAAACUUUGUCACAUUUGACCAGUCUUAUUCACAACAGUCGAAUAAAAAAACUGCAUUUUUCUGAUUCUUGCACCUUCAUGGAAAGCUUUGUAAAGUCAUGUAAACACACCACGCAUGUGAAGAGUGCACAUGCGCGCUCUCGUGUCAGACUGACGCACACUCCUAGCAUUAAUGAGCAAACAGGAGUGCACGUCCCGGAGCGGCGCGCAGAAGGCAUCAGUGCGUAACUGCGCCCCGGCUGCUCGGACAGGAGAGAGAAGCGACUCCGUUAAAGUCAAUGAGCAGCGAACAGGUCUACGUGCAGUUCUCCCAUCGGACUAGCAUGCCUUUCCCGUCUCGGGAGGACGUCACGGGGGURACCAGGGAGGCCGAGGAGGUCGGACGCCUGGUGUGCGCUCUGGAGACGGAGAGGUCGAGCCGCAGCCUGCGCGGCGACUCCAAAGGGGAUUACGACGCGCUCGGUCGAAACUGCGGGGUCYCCGCCGAGGUGUCCGUGCCGCUGACUCUGUCCGGGAAGCGGCACGUGGAGGGGGGCAACCUCUACAGACUUCGAGACAGAAAGCUUUUGAUAGAGGACAAAAAGCGGCUGUGCACGCUGGCUCUGAGCACCGCUCUGCUCGGGAUCCUGCUGAUGAUCAUCCACGCCGAAAUCUGCUCCUACGUCAUCGACCCGGGCUCAAAAGUCUCCUUGAUUAUCAACUGUUCCACAAGCCUGUCCACCGUGUGUCUCCUGAUCCUCAUCGUAGCAUUCCAUUACAAGGACAUCAGGUUGUUCAUCAUUGAUCACAACCAGGUGGACUGGCGCAUUGCUAUGACAAGCCACAGGAUUCUGGUGAUCAUUCUGGAGCUGUCAGUCUGCAUCAUACACCCAGUGGGGUCAUACUGGGACGUAGGCCUUCAUGUCAACUCGUCCUCCGCUGCUCCCGUCUGUGUUUCGAGUCAUCACGACACCAAGGCCCUGUUGGACAUGGACAUGCUGUUGUCAGUGCUGAUGUUCCUCCGCCUGUACUUGGUCCACAGAGCCGUUUUGCUGCACAGCAAAGUGCUGCUGAGCGCCUCCUACAGGAGCAUCGGCUCGCUUAACAACAUCAACUUCACCUUUCGCUUCGUUCUGAAGGUGCUGAUGAACAAACACCCGGCACGCACGCUCCUGGUCUUCAUCCUCCUCUUCUGGCUUACUGUGUCCUGGAUGCUGACGCUGUGUGAGAGGCGAAGCCAAGCACUGACGGGCCACAUGGACACGGCCCUGUGGCUCACAGCCAUCACCUUCCUCACGGUGGGCUAUGGGGACGUGGCACCCAACACUAGCUGUGGCAGAGCCGUGUGUCUCUUCACCGGUGUCAUGAUCCGCCACGCUGCUGCUAACGUUCUGCGAGAGUGCUGGCUCCUGCAUCGUGCGAACCUGAGGAAAGGCAACCACGGCGAGCACCGGAGGCACCAGCGAUGCCUUCUGGAAGCCAUCAGAGUAUUUAGACAUUUACGCCUCAAACAAAGAAAACUGAGAGAUUACGUCAGUGAGAUGGUGGACCUCCCAAAGAUGCAAAUGAUCAUGUGCGACCUCAGCGCCAACUGGAACAACUCGUACAGAGAGCUGGAGCAGCGAAUCCACUCCAUGGAGCAGAAGCUGGAUGAGCUGAAUCGCUGCUUCCAGCAAACCUCUCAGCUGCUGUCAGAGGUCCUGCGUCGCAGGAACCCAGAGAUCAGGUGACAUGGCUUUGAUUCCACGAUAAGAAACAUCUGUCCCCCACACAGAGCGGCAGCAGACAUUUAAACCACUCGGGAGCACCAGCACGUCUGGCCACAGCUCAGCGUGAACUGCACGAGUCACUGCUGUAAAAUCAAAUACGACCGAUGUAAACUGUGGAGGGAAMGAGAGAAAUAAAUCUGUUUAGAUUUAUUUGUGAUGGUGCACAAAUAACUGAAUUCAUCUCAAACAAGGAGAAGUGGAGAUUCUUAUAAACAAUGUAAAAAAUAUUUAUCUUGAAUUCUAAUAAUGCCCAAUUCCUGUGGAAUAUGUUGUACAUUUAAUUGAUUUAUUUUCUUUGAAGUUUUAAAAACACAUUUUAUGUCUCAGUAUUAGACUGUUUAAUGGUUACUCAGUUGAUUAUUGCUUGCAAACUUCUACAAUUUACCACAAUUUCUAUGUAUUUUUUCAUUCCAGGAAGCAAUUUGGCGAGAAAAAAAAAGACAGAUUUUACAUUAUUGCAYGUGUUAAAUAAAGAAAUGUUUAUUUUUUUAAACAAAUGGUUCAAAACUAAAAAAAAAAAAACUUUACAUAUUGGGUUGUAGUUGUCAAAUUGUAUGUAGACGUUUCCACCUGUUGAGCCUCAGAUAAAUGUAUGACUCAGCUGCGCCAUCUAGUGGACAAAACAUACACUGUUUAAAAAUAACUGCAGACCCAUUUAAAGAAAAUUAACUAUUUUGCUUCCAACAAGAACUACCUAUAUGUCUUAAAGAACAAAAUUUGACAAAAAAAAA